UCUUAUUCUUCAAACGGCUGGUGGGAUAGUCUGGUGGAGUAGGACGUGGUGAAUACCUUGAAUGAACGCUGAUCGACAGACUGGCCUCCCCAGAAAAGGUCGGCGCCUCCGCCGAGAUGACCAAUCUCUUUAGCCCAGAUCUCCAGUACCAGGGCUGGUCACCCCUCCAUUUCGCCUCCGCCUACGGAGACCUCUGCCGGCUGAAACAACUACUGGGUGAUGGCGCAGAUCCCAAUUACAUGACACCGGGAAAGACACCACUGCACUGCGCAUGCGAAACCGGAAACUUACAAAUUAUUGAAGCUCUCAUCGAAGGUGGCGCGGAUCCGAAUGCUUUGACAUUUGACCCGGAAAGAGAAGGAAUGUGUCCGUUGUAUAUCGCGUAUAUAUUUGGCCACAAGCAUAUUCUGAAAAGAUUGAUGCAACUCGGGGCAAAAAUGAACAAACAGAUUACGGAGUUGCAUUUGGCUGUCUUGUUCUCUGAAUUAGACAACGUUGACGCCAUUUUGAAACGCGAAACUACAGACGUGAAUGUACGGGAUUAUGACGAAAAGACACCUCUCCACGUGGCAGCAAAACAUGGCCUUUUUAGCGUUGCUAGCAAAUUGCUUCAACCAGAUGCGUGCGCAGUGAAUGUAUUCGAUAGAGGCGGGAGAACCCCGCUUGAUUUUGUGGUCGAGCACAGAAUCAAGCAGAUAUUCAAGACAGAUGUUGAGGAGAACGAAAAGCCGCCCCCUCCGGUUGAGACGAGGCCGCGAAGUCUGAUUGGCACGCCCAAGAAAUCCAACAUCCUCAGCUCAAACCCUCCGCUGGUAGACAAUCAUCAGAUUACCCCUCCAUACAAGACAUACUUAGACAAGGAAUCAAAAGACGUCAUCAUGUGUAUGUCGAAUGGCUACAUGAGUUUCAUCAAGCUCAUGUUGGAAAAAGCUGACAUCAAACGUGAAAGAGAUACUCGGGGCUAUAGCCUCCUUCACCGAGCAGCAGACGCCAGUGACUUUUCCCUUGCAAAGCUCCUGGUCGGUCAUGAUAGGUCCUGUAUUGAUGACAUCACAACUAUUGAAGGGAAAACAGCCCUUCAUUUUGCAUGCGACAGGGGUAGUGAGCGCCUUGUAAAGUUUUUACUGGACAGUGGUGCAUCUGUGAAUGUUUUGACGGACAGGGAUGUGACGCCAUUGCACCUAGCCAUCAGAGGUAAACACAGAGAUAUCGUCAAGAAAUUGUUAAUGAAAGGGGCUGAGACAGACGUCAUUGACUCAUACAGAGGCCACACCCCUAUCCACUCCGCUGUCAUCAACAAUGCUAAUGAUGUUGUUGAACUUCUCUUGGCACACGGCGCAAAUAUCGACAUCCGGGAGCGGUGGAAUAAAUACACCAUCUUACAUCUUGCGUGGAAAAGCGAUAACAUGGCCCAAAUCGAUAACUUAUUGGAGAACCACUUGACAAUCAUGGAUGCAGCAGACGUAAAUGGCCUCACCACAUUUUUGACAAUUGUUUAUGAUUUCGUCCAGGCCGAGCCCUCUUCUCCGAGGACGUACAACAAAGCAAAAUACGCUGCGCCUCUGAUGAGUUUAGCCAAUCAUGGCUGCCUCCUGUCCAGUUCACUUUUGGCAGUUUAUCAGAAGAACCCCACCAUUCACGUCACGGAUCUAAUCUUCGAUGUUUACUGCAAGGAAAACAGGGACAAGAUCGGUCAUCACCUGACAAUACUACUCCUCGGUAUCGCUUGCGGAACCUACGACACCAUAGAUAAAAAAUUAAUCCAGGAACUGUGUUAUUGUCGCCAUAUUGAUAUGUUACGUCACGUCCGGGUGUGCGGUUUCAGAAGCUUCAAGCGGAAGGAGCUCCGCAACAUCAAAGAUGCCGGUUUAGUAGAAAUUGUUGACGCUGAAGUCCUUAACUUGAAAGAUAUGUGCAGACUGACGGUCAGACGUCUGCUUUUGGCUGUUCAAAAUGUGGAUUUGGGGAAAUCGGAGAAUGGAACCCGCGGCCCUUUUCAUCGUCUGCUGCAGAAGUUCCCGCAUUUUUUAAAGCGUCGAACUCCAGAACGUAGCCUACAGCUCUGGCGGAUUCAGGCACUUCCUGUUCCAUCUACAGUCAAGAGAUUCUUGUCCUUCAGUAUGUAUCCUGAGCAAUAGCUUUAUUGAUUGGACUAGCUUGGUUAAACUUGCUGAGGCCGACUGAUGGGGAAACUGAAAGUACCUUUGCGAGAAGGACUCUUCGUAAACUGCUCUUGACGAUUAUGAUGGUGUCGCGAGUUAGUUCAUCAACAUUCGACCUUUAUCUCACAAUAAUUGCAUGUCAACAUGUCACAUUCACAUCAUUUUAUCUUCAUUCAUACGCAUACACUUGUCACAGAUGUCCGUUUUCUUUAUAUAUCUUCAAAUGUUUGGUUCAACCCGACAAUUGUAAAAACAGUAACUUCACUCUGAUUUGGAAAAAGACCACCAUGUUUGACCUCAACACAAAGGUGUUCAAACACUUCUUUAAAUAUAUUUUUGCUCAUGCCGAUCCACCGUCGUUGUGCGUACACUAUCCUUCACCGCCCAUCGGCCGUUACGGGCUGUUACUUUAUCGGUAGUCUCCCUGCAUUCCCUUCCUUUCUCACGCCUCCUCUGUCGCGACAACACUAACAUUACACUCACUCGUGGUUGUCGCACGAGAGACGCACUGAAAGCCAUCAUAAUUGAAGACCACGUGUUCAAUGAGUAACAGUUCCAGGGAUCCUGACCUGACCCAAAUGCACAGUGCAUUUUGUAUAUAAGAAGUGUAACCUGAUCCGAAGGUUGGCACUAUCGAUUCAGGCCGUCAUUCAAUUACUCGUGUCGAGCAAUUUGAUUGGCCACCCGUUUAUGAUGAGGCGUCCGACAGAUUACCUGGCGGGAGUUAUCGGUGGUGAAAAGAGGAGACUUUAGGACUGAUAUUCACCGCCGAUAAGUCGGCAUGUUUUUGCUUUGAAUAUCAUCUUUAUAACCACGAUUAGAAGUUUAAGGCAACAUGGAGAUACUGCAUUUUACCAUUGUCACGGCAAUACUGCCUGUAUCUCAGUUAAUACGUUGAAUACGUCCUAAUUUUCAUAUUCAAUAGGCACAUCUGAUAAGCAUUACACUCAAUGAUAGAAAACUCUGCGAUGGGAUUUGAUAACAACUAGUUUUAUUUACAAAAUCAACGACAUCAGCAAUCAAUUUGACAAAUCAACAUGUGCACAAAGGUAUAGAUACCGUUAUAAGCACAGUGCAGAGUAUCAGUAGAAUUUUACUUUUGUUUUUUUAAUACAUCUCAGUUUCACAUAAAAAUCAUUAUGCCAUGACCAUGCAUGCAUUCACUGAACUAAAAGCAAAGAGGUUUGUUUCGAUGCUUCAGUUUGUUUUCCGGCUAUUUUUCAAAUAAAUCACUUCAAUCGACCAGUUUAUUUCAGAAAGGUAUUUUCUCUCAUCUUACAAUCAUUAUUACGUCCCAUAGGAUAGCACACAGGAGGCAUUCUAAUUCUCCUAAUUAUAAUAGGUCUACCAUAAAUCUAUAACUCUAAAAGGUCA